AUGAAGGCACUCUUACUUUCUACAAUUCUUGCGGCCGCCUCUGCCACCAAGGUGCUUCUUCCACUUUACGUUUGGCCGGCGGAGGGAGCCUGGGACAGGGUCUAUAAAUCAAUUGAGGCAAACAGCCAGCUCACUUUCCAAAUCAUCAUCAACCCCAACUCUGGCCCUGGAAACUCAAUUCCAGGAGACAGCCGUGAAUAUAUCGCCGGUGUCACCAGGUUGAAUUCUUAUUCGAACGUCCAGCUUUUCGGCUAUGUCCACUGCAAUUAUGGAACCAAUUCCGGUAACGAGAUCAACCAGAAUGUGACACAGUGGAAUUCUUGGAACACGAACCCAAAGACCUCGAUCGAUGGCGUUUUCUAUGAUGAAAUUCCCAAUAAGGAGGGAAACAGUGAAGGCGUCGAGUUCCUGGCAUCAUUGGUGAAGACUGCCGAGAUCGUAUUUGGUGAUCGUCCUUGCAGCAGCAUCUUCAACCCCGGCGCACCCCCACAACAUGUCGAACUCUAUGAUUCGGCCGACUACGUAGUGGUCUUCGAGUCAGAGGCUUCUUCGUACAGCGAUGCAGUUCUCACCAAACAUAUCCCCUCCGGAAAAGCGGGCCAGUCAUCGAUCUUGAUCUACAACUUCGGCGGCCAGGACCAUGACGGCCAACUUGGGUCGUGGCUGCAAAGUAUGAGCUCUGCCGGGGUCGCUAGUGCCAACAUUUUGAACACUGUUUACAGUGAGGCCAAUAGCGAUGAUGAGCCAGCUGGCAUUGGGUCCGUUGCCUCGAUUUUGUCUGCUUGUGGGGUUCAUUCAGCGGCUAAGCCUGCGAAUGGUACUGGAUCCAACGCUUCAAAACUGGCCUUGAGUGGCAUCUCGUCCGCUCCUGGAACUAGCAGCAUCAGCGAAUCACUUUACAACCCUCACGACAAGGAUAGCGAUCAUGCCAAAGAUGAGGACCAUGAGAAGUAUGAGCAUCGGCAGGAUCAUGAUUGA